UCGAGAAGAAGAUUCGCGCACGUUUUGCACAUUCGAGAGUACUGGCGCCAGACCCAACCGCAGUCCUAGUUCAUCGUGUGUGGCCAACAAGAUGAGCAAUAAGUAUUAAGUACUAGUAGCCGCCCCUCGCACAGAGAGAAAAUAGGAGGUCGGCAAAGGUGGAACGUGGACGAGCGGACGGGAACAGCGCAGGAGAACAAGCACACAAGCACAGAGAGAGAGAGAGAGAGAGAGAGACAGAGAGAGAGAGAGAGAGAGAAGGGAAGGAACGAACUUCAAGGAGGAGAAGAAGGAGAAGUAGAAGGAGAAGAAGGAGAAGGCGAAGAAGAAGAGGGAGGGGGAGGAGGAGGAGGAGGAGGGUGUGAGGAGCGAAAUGGCAUCGGAUGCGGCGGAGAUUGGGAAGAAGAAGCUUCAGAAUCAGUUGAAAGAACUGACGGAGGCGUUUGCUCUGUUUGACACCGAUCGCAGCGGAACUAUAACCGUGGAGGAAUUAGGCAAUCUUCUGCAGUCGCUGGGUCAAGACCUGUCAGAGGAGGAGUUGUUGGACGUCGUCAAGGAGGUGGACUCCAAUCAGACCGGUUCGGUGGAGUUCCGUGAGUUCGUCCGGGUGGUGGAAGGGGGCGGAAAAAGAGGAGCCGCCUUACACAAGGAACUGGCGGAUGCGUUUGAAGUAUACGAUAAGAGCGGUGAUGGACAUAUUACACAUGACGAGCUGCAAGAGGUGCUGAAAAAGGCAGGGCAAAACCUGUCGGAAAAGCAGGUUGGCGCCGCCUUGAAAGCGGCGGACGUGGAUGAGGAUGGGAAAGUCAGCUACAAAGAGUUCCUCAAGCUCCUCUCGGUAACGAAUGGGCAGUAAACCACGAGUAGUUUAUGACCGGAUGAUGGCCGCCGAGGGGCCACCUGUCAGUGUCAGAGGCCAAAACGCGACGCCGACCGCCGAUUUAUUGUAUCGACGGCGCCCCUGUGCCCCGACUUUUGUGGACCGAGUUUAUUACGGAUGAUGGCCGCCGAGGGGCCACCUGUCGGAGGCCGAAACGCGACGCCGACCGCCGAUUUAUUGAAUCGACUGCGCCCCUGCGUCCCCACUUUUGUGGACCAGGCGACCAAACAUUUUCAGCAAGGCUGGGGCCGUGCACUGGCGGUAAAAGAUGAGAAUUCGAUUCGAUCCGUUUGAAUACGAUCACCGGUGCAGCCUGAUGCUGUAGAAGUGAUGGCUUCUGCGCGUUCCUUGCCUUUGCUUGUACUUCAAAUUUUGUACUACGAUCGAGAACGACCGUUCAUUUCCUAAGAAGUAGCCUCUCUGGGGAGUCUCCCCUCUCUCUCCCUCUCUUUCCCUCUCUCUCUCUCUUUCUCUCUCUCUCGCUCUAGCGCGCCUAUACACGCACGCUUGCACACGCACGUACAGAGGUGGAGAGAUAUUACAGGCAAUCUACCCGCCCAAACAUGCAGACGUGAAAUUGCUUGCACACGCACGCAUAGAGGCAGAGAUAGAGGCAAUCUGCCUGUCUCCUUGUUGGUGUGUUGAGAGGACAAAUGAAGUUGAAUGAACCCGUCUGCCGGUUUUAUCGUCUAUUUUGUAUUGUAUAUGUAAUAUUGAAUUACACCGCGUACACUCUCUCUCUCUCUCUCUCUCUCUCUCUCUCUCUCUCUCUCUCUCUCUCUCUCUCUCUCUCUCUGUCUCUAUGUCUCUCUGCCGCCCCCUCUUUUCCUCACUUUCGCGUUUUCUCAUAUGUGACGACCGGAUGAGCGUUCUUUUUUUUUUUUUUUUUUUUUUUUGGGUGUAAUCUAAAGAGAGCACGAGCGUGUUAGCCCUCGUGAGCCAUGUCUUGGGGAUCGAACUGCGUCCUGCGUUGUGCAAAGGUAUGAGCACUUUUGCGUG